CGAGCGAUUCCUUGCUGGAAUGCUUGGGAUACCUGGAGUCGGAAGUGGUGGAACAGAGGCGGGUGAUCGGGGACGUUUACAGGCAGCUGGACCGGCUCCUGACGGGAGACAAGGCGCAGGUGAUCACGGCGAAGAACGUCGUCGUCAACACGGACGUGUCGGUCGAGGGGGAGCUGAAGGUCGAGCGGGUGAAGGAGUCCCCCGAGGCCAUGGACGAGGUGGAGACGUCGCCGUUUCGAGAUCAGAUGGAGAAAGUGCGGCGGCAGCUGGAGCUGGUGGAGGAGCAGCUGGGGAGCGAUGGGGGGAGGAGCGGAGGGAACGCCACCCGGUUCUUGAGGUUCCAGUCGGGUCGGAUUCGGGCGCUGCACGGGGACGUGGAGGUGAACGGGAGGAAGUUCUCGGAGUAUGUGAGGUAUGGACUGAGGAAGAGCAGGGAUCAGAACGUGACGGCGCCGUGGUCCGUUCGGGACUUGGAUGCGGGGAGUGUGGGGCUCGUGGGGAGGCUCAACGAUGUCCCUCCGCAAGGUCAGACCGGUUUCUUUGGGUUUCGUUUGUUGAAGAUCGCCUUGUGUUUCGGGGUGGUAGGGGGGUUGGGGUCUUUUGGAGAAGGGAUGUUGACGAAAGA